AUGGUUCGUCGAUGCGAAACGCAAAGAGGGCGUUGGGACAACAAGGUGAAUAUCCUGAAAGAUACAGAUAAAUUCGGGUUUGAUCUUGGGUUCCAAUUACAGGAGAGCAAGAAAAGGUUUGGACCAGACCUGGGCUUCUGCAUAAAACGUUUUGCACCACCUAUAUUGCAAAUGAGCCUCGAAGAAAAUGAGAAUGGGCCUAAGCCCACUUGGCAGAUUAGGUCAAAUCGGGAGACAUCAAAAGCAAUUAGGUCUGCGCCGCCGCUCACCUUCUCUUCCUUCACCGGAGUAAGCCUUGGCCGGAAACUCCCCAACAAUAAGAAUCCCGAGAGCUCGAAGACGAGGCAAGAGGGAUUUGAUACGGUGGAAGAAGGUUUAAAGGGAGAUCGAGGAAGAACCAGCGUCGAUAGAUCUGAGUAUGAUGGAGGAUGAAAUGCCGUUCUCCACUUUAAGACGCUUGAUUACACUAGAUGAUUGAGGAAACGGCCGCACAAGAGGGGAAACAGAUAGCAAUGUGAAAUAGAGAGAAGCAGGGAAGGAAAAAUCCCGACGCUGGCAAGCGUGGGCUACACCGGCGUCGGAGAAGGUGGUCAAGAUAGGUUUCUCGAUUAUUGGACCAGAGAGCUAUCACAGAGCGUCUAUUGCUUUUGACUUUAGUUUUUAAAUUCAAUAAAAGUGUGAAAUGGGUUGAUUUAUU